ACAGAUCUGGCAUAUCCCCCUGCUCAUAAUGAGAAUAGUCCUGCUUCAAUCAGCCAAGAUGAACCUCAUGGACAUCACCAAGAUCUUCUCCCUCCUGCAGCCCGACAAGGAAGAGGAAGACACUGACACGGGGGAGAAGCAGGCUCUCAAUCAAGCAGUGUACGACAAUGACUCCUGUACCUUGGACCAGCUUUUGCGCCAGGAGCGUUACAAACGUUUCAUCAACAGCAGGAGCGGCUGGGGUGUUCCUGGGACACCCUUGCGCUUGGCUGCUUCAUAUGGCCACUCGAGCUGUUUGCAGGUCCUCCUGGCACAUGGUGCUGAUGUCGAUAGCUUGGAUGUCAAGGCACAGACACCACUUUUCACUGCUGUCAGUCAUGGCCAUCUGGACUGUGUGCGUGUGCUUUUGGAAGCUGGUGCCUGUCCUGGUGGUAGCAUCUACAACAACUGUUCUCCUGUGCUUGCAGCUGCCCGUGAUGGCGCCGUUGCUAUCCUGCAGGAGCUCCUGGGCCAUGGUGCAGAGGCCAACGUCAAGGCUAAACUACCAGUCUGGGCAUCGAACAUAGCUUCAUGUUCAGGCCCCCUUUAUUUGGCCGCAGUCUACGGGCAUCUCGACUGCUUCCGCCUGCUUUUGCUUCAUGGGGCAGACCCCAACUACAACUGCACCGAUCAGGGCCUACUGGCUCAUAUCAAACGGCCCCGCACCCUCCUCGAAAUCUGCCUCCACCACAAUUGUGAGCCAGAGUACAUCCAGCUGUUAAUUGAUUUUGGUGCUAACAUCUACCUUCCAUCUCUCUCCCUGGACCUGAACUCGCAAGAUGAUAAAGGCAUUGCAUUGCUGCUACAGGCCCGAGCCACUCCACGGUCGCUCCUGUCACAGGCCCGUUUAGUUAUACGCAGAGCCCUGCGCCAGGCCAGCCAGCCACAUGCCAUCAACCAGCUGGAUAUUCCCCCUGUGUUGAUUAACUACCUCAAACACCAACUGUAAUCUUGCAGUCUUCUCAGGAACCCAUGAUGCCUCCAAAAACCACCUGGGGACCCAGGUAGCUGGAGGGCAGUACAACUCUACCAACUCCCCUGGAGCUGCUCUCCUGUAUUAUCUUCCACAAUAAAACUGUCAACAAA